AAAUGAAACUUGCAGCUCCCUCUAGUUGCUCUCUUAAUAAACAAAUUUUUAUGUUUAUGGGUUAGGACCGAUUGAAAACUUAACAAUAUUAUUGAUAAUAUUGCUUCUCAGCAUGUUAUUAACAAGAAUUUUGUGUAAGAAAGUUAAGAGCAAGCAUAUAAUGGUUCAGAUGGAGAGCGUAGUUACAGGGCACACAUUUAAUAAAAUCAGGGAGAGAUUGGCUGAUAAAUUGGAAAUGAUUCGGUUUGAUCCAUUUGUGCAAGAUAAAGUGGUUUACAGAGAGAAGAAGCGCGUCCGCAGUAUGAAAUUUUAAUGUACAAAUGUAUUAAUUGUAGUUUUUCCAAAUAAAUUAGAAUAUAAUUCA